AGAAAAUACAAAAGCCAGUCAAAAUCCCCGUCCUUUGUGAAAAAUUGAAAGAAAGAAGAGUUGAUGAUGAUACUUUUGCUUAGCUUCAUGUUAAAGUCUGUUGAUGUUGCAUCUAUGAGAAUAUUCUGAUAUUCUUUUCUGGGUUUCUCCUUUCUCUCCCUUUCUGUGCGUGGAAGGGUUUCGAGAGAGGGAAAGCGAGAGUGGGGUGUCUCCGUUGAAUCUAACGGAGGAGGAGGAGGAGGAGAGUGAGAGGGAUGAAAGAGUUAUUUGGGGGUCCAGGGAGGGUGAGUGGACUGCUACUCAGACUGGGGCAGUGUCUGUUCGGUUGUGCUUCAAUUGGUGUCAUGAUAUCUGCUCCAGGCUUCUUCAACUCCACUGCUUUCUGCUAUUUAAUUGCGUCAAUGGGCCUUGAAGUUUUAUGGAGUCUCGGACUUGCGAUUCUUGACCUGCAUGCAUUGAGCUCAAAGAAAAAUCUGCAGAAUCAUGUCUUUCUAAGCCUAUUUGUUGUCGGUGAUUGGGUGACUGCUAUUUUAUCACUUUCAGCUGUGUGCGCAGCUGCUGGAGUGACAGUUCUGUAUGCGAGAGACUUGCAUUCUUGCAAGAAACCACCGUAUAUCUCCUGCAACGAAUUCCAACUUUCUGUAGCUUUGGCAUUUAUCUCCUGGUUUCUGCUUGCCAUAUCUUCUCAUGUUAUGUUUUGGCUUUUGGCUACUAUAUGAAUCAUUAAAGUGACAGCACCUGGAAUUACCGUAAAUCUCUCGUUACUUUGUAUAUACAGUUGGUCCAGAAAAUUUCUUGAUUAUACUUUUCAAUAGUUUUUUGUUCCGCCAAGGCUCUUGAAUUGGUUCCAUCUUUUGUAGCAUUCACCUUAUUUCUGUUAAAAAGAAGAAUCUUUGUAAGAUUCAGAAAUUUAUGAAAGAAAUUGUUUUGUCUGCCUGUGAA